AUGAAACAGAAAAAUCAGAAUUGUAAAAGAAAUAAAUAUAUAAGGCAAUUAGAACUGAAAUGUCAUAGAAUACUAACGGCACUUGCCCCAGAAGAGUUAGAUGAAGUUCAAAGUAUAAUCGACGAAGUUUGGGGAUAUGAGUCUAUUGACGAUGCACAGAUUCCGCAAGCUCUGGAAUUGAUGUUGGAGAUUUUGGAAGACUUCACAAAUGAAAAGAGAAAAGUUGAAGCACUAUCGAUCAUUCAUCUACCUACAUAUAUAAAGCCAUCAUCGACACCAUAUAGAUCCAGUAACCGAUUCACGUAUCCAGAAUCUGCCGAGAUAGAAUAUGCUAACGAAACCACUCCCGAAUACUGUAUAGAUCAAGACAAUAUAGCAGCCAAUAUGAAACAAGUUAACGGAGUGUAUAUGCUUGGAUGCUGUUAUAAUAAUGAAAAUGAAGCCACCAAGGGCCACGAAUAUGAAACAUAUGCUAAUAGAGCUGGAAACCUUGAGGCCGGUGACAAAGGUAAUGCAUUUAAAGAAGAUGAAAGCUGGGAACAAGGUUGCGAUGUUUGGAAGGCCCUCAAAACGGAAGCUAAUAGAGAAUCCGAGAGAAGUUGUUUGAACAGUAAGGUCGACGAUGGUAAGGACGAUAAAAAUCAAACAACUGCUACUGAUAAUAAGGGAAAUAAGGUCACCAAAAUUAAUGGGUAUUGUAACGGAAAUGACGGAACGGUUAAGGAGAAAACAAUUAUCGACAUCAAGGAAAAAGCAAGAAAAUUUGUUAGUAAAGUGGAAAGGGUAUUAAACAAAAGCAAAGUUGAAAUGCGAACACUUACAGGACCUCUGGAAGCUAUAUGUGAUACCUGGAAUAAGAAGGUUAAAGAAUUUAGAAAGAUGAUCAGCGAAAAUGAAAAACCAAAGAAGGAAUUAACUUACCAAGAUAACAAAAGAAGAAUUGAGAACGAUAUGGUAAAAGAAUUCACCCAUACUACUGAUCCACCAUCCCGGAAAGUGGAAAAGAAAGCUCCAAGCCCAAAAGAACUAGUAACUGCAGUAAAAGUCUGGACCCUUUUUCAUGAAGCUGGAUAUAUAGAUAGAAGAAAGAAUUUGAGAAGCCAAGACGUUAAUACGAAAAGAAAGAAAGAUUUCGAACCCGUAUUUUCCUAUUGGAUAGGGCCAAGAAUAUUCGACCCUGGCGGAGAAGCAUUAUUAAUUUUACUUAUCCGAUUCUAA